CUUACCGUAAAGGCAGUAAUUAACACAGGGGUGCAAAAUAUGAACCAAGAAGAUUACCCCAGCGACAGUGACGCUAGUGAUGAAGACUUCCGCCCAGACAAAGAAGAGGCAGAUACCGGAAGUGAACUAGAGUCGAACGCCGAAGAAGAGCCUGAGGAUUCCAGCGAGCAAGUCGAAGAUAAAACCUCUGCCACGGUGCCAAACGGUGGUAAAAAGCGCAAACGAAAAUACAACACAGAUGGUGGCAACAGAUCAAACUGUGCUAACAAGCGGUCUAAAGCUCAGGAGAAGGAUCAACAGUCCGACGAGGAGAAGGACAACGAACUGGACGAGGAAGAAGAAAAGCGUAGAACAGAUGCAUUGUGGGCGGAUUUUCUUGGCGGUAGUAGUAGCAACAGCACCAGCAAUACAGAACAGUUGGACAGGUCCACUUCUGUUCGGAACAGUAAAACUAAGGACGAGGUGAAAAAAGUGGUUACGGAUACAAAAUCGGCACCCAGGAUGCCGAAAGCGAUCGAGAAGGAAAAACCAACCGUAGCCCAACUGUUCGAAUUUGCUGGUGAACAGAUAGUGCUGAAAGACGACAGUAGCAGAAAUACUGCUAACAUCAAGGAAGAGGCGUCGUCUUUGUCCAGCGUAUCGAAAACAUUGGCACUGAAAAAUGCCGCAACACGGGGUGGUAGUGGCUUGGGGUCAGUAUUAGAUCAAAUCAGUAAAAAAAACAAACUGAGCACACUGGAGAAAACGAAGCUUGACUGGACCAGCUUCAAGCGGCAGGAAGGCAUCGAGGAAGAGCUACAAACUCACAACAAAGGAAAGGAUGGGUUUCUUGAGCGGCGCGAUUUUCUGGAGCGGACAGAUUUGCGCCAGUUUGAGAUAGAGAAAUCCUUCCGACAGACGAAACGAAGCAACCGAUAAUGCAAAUAAUGGGAUGCGUGCAUUUAAUUCCAGCUUCGAUUCACAGCUUCAUAAUGUUCAAUGCUCCAGUUAAGUAAAAAGUAUGCAAACUCAAACAUACUAAAACUAUACGUGUAAUAAAUAGACGAAGCGGUCCGAGAGGUGUAGCUGAUAGCGGUGGCGAUUCUCUCACACAAUAGAACCGAUAGAAAAUCCCGUCCGAAUCGUUUUCCCAUAAGAAAGUUAGACUAUCCGGUAAUGUAAUCAAUUGAAAUUUAGUAAGCCAGUUAUGGCAGGUAUAUGCUCAGUAGGUCAUUAUCCCAGAAAGAAGAACCGACUUGUAUCAGUGUAUUCGUAAAAAUAUAACUAAAUCUUAUCAUUUAUAUUGUAUCCACAUAUAAUGUAAUUGCAAACAU